AUGGGGUUCGCUGAAUCAUCAAACGGAGACAUCCAUCUCCUUCACAUGUACGGAGUAGAGCGUAGCGGCACGAUGGUCAGUUCUCGGACCCUUUAUUUUCUUCUCUCGCCCGUCAUCGGGGUCUUGAUUGAUUCAUUCCAGUCUGGGAAUGGCUGGCGAGCCGCUCAGGGCGCCAUCCCCGUCAGUGUGUAUGCACUGACGAGGUCAAAAAAAGUCUACCAUACAAAAAGAUGUCCAAGAUUUGGUGUAUCCCAUCCGCCACCGACGGCGGCCAGUCGCGAUUCAACUUCGUCCAUUCUCAUACCGCGCCUGCAAAGCCCCGAAAGCUUCACCGACGCGGGAGACCCAUCCGAUGUUUCUCGCUCCCAACCGACCGCAAAAUCUCUGGCUGUAGCCGUGUCAGGAAGAACGUAUCGACGUAUCCGACCACGAGCUGCGCCAUCACAAUGGGAGAAUAUUGUUCGCGCCAAGGCAGAGAAACCCCCUAGGCCUCACUCGAAGCCUCGAGGCUCCCGGUUGUCGUCGAACAAACAAAAAGACGCCACGCCCACAAAAUUCUUCCAUUUCGUGAAAAAUCAGAUUUGCCUUUCAUCGCGUCCGAUACUAGUAACAAGGUCGUGUCGAACGCCUAUGUCAUGGCCCCCUCCGCCCUCGACACCUUUGCCCUGA